AGAACGGGGUGGGGCCAAAGGACGCGCGUUCUGUGGCGCGCGGCCUGGCGGGCGUGCAACGGCCGUUAGAGGAGCUGAGGGAGGGAACCGCCGCUCACCGCAGACGUGGUGGCUGCAGUCAGUCUUCCCGAGUGAGGGAUUUCGCCGCCCGCUUUCAGGCCCGUUUGGCUUAAAUAACUGUGAUGGCCAUGCAGGAGAAAUAUCCAACUGAAGGGAUCUCUCACGUCACUUCACCGAGUUCCAAUGUGAUUCAGAAGGGCAGUUCCCUGGGGACUGAAUGGCAGACCCCAGUUAUCUCGGAGCCCUUUCGGAGCCGCUUCAGCCGCUGUUCGAGUGUAGCCGACAGUGGGGACACAGCCAUUGGUACAUCAUGCUCAGAUAUUGCGGAGGAUUUUUGCAGCUCAAGUGGCAGUCCUCCUUUCCAGCCCAUCAAAAGCCACGUAACCAUUCCAACAGCCCAUGUGAUGCCUUCUACUUUAGGGACCUCUCCUGCCAAGCCAAAUUCUACACCUGUUGGACCCUCUUCCUCUAAACUCCCUUUGUCAGGGUUGGCUGAAAGUGUGGGAAUGACAAGAAAUGGAGACCUCGGUGCAAUGAAACAUUCUCCAGGCCUAUCUAGAGAUCUCAUGUAUUUCUCUGGUGCUACUGGAGAAAAUGGAAUUGAGCAGUCCUGGUUUCCAGCAGUGGGCCAUGAAAGACAAGAAGAGGCGAGGAAGUUUGAUAUUCCUAGCAUGGAAUCUACCCUCAAUCAGUCGGCAAUGAUGGAGACACUUUAUUCAGAUCCUCACCACCGAGUCCGCUUCCACAACCCAAGAACCAGCACAAGUAAGGAGUUGUACAGAGUGUUGCCUGAGGCCAAGAAGGCACCGGGCAGCGGGGCAGUGUUUGAGCGGAAUGGACCACAUUCUAAUAGCAGUGGGGUCCUCCCUUUGGGACUCCAGCCUGCUCCCGGGCUCUCCAAGCCUCUGCCCUCUCAGGUGUGGCAGCCGAGUCCUGACACUUGGCAUCCCCGAGAGCAAUCUUGUGAACUCAGCACUUGUCGGCAGCAGCUGGAAUUGAUUCGUUUACAGAUGGAGCAAAUGCAGCUUCAGAACGGAGCCAUCUGCCACCAUCCUGCUGCUUUUGGUCCUUCACUGCCCAUCUUAGAGCCAGCACAGUGGAUCAGCAUCUUGAACAGUAAUGAACACCUUCUGAAGGAAAAAGAGCUUCUCAUUGACAAGCAGAGGAAACACAUCUCUCAGCUGGAGCAGAAAGUGCGAGAGAGCGAACUGCAAGUCCACAGUGCCCUCUUGGGCCGCCCUGCCCCCUUUGGUGAUGUCUGCUUGCUGAGGCUACAGGAAUUGCAGCGAGAAAACACUUUCUUACGUGCACAGUUUGCACAGAAGACAGAAGCCUUGAGCAGAGAAAAGAUUGAUCUUGAAAAGAAACUCUCUGCUUCUGAAGUUGAAGUCCAGCUCAUCAGAGAGUCGCUCAAAGUGGCGUUGCAGAAGCAUUCUGAGGAAGUGAAGAAACAGGAAGAAAGGGUCAAAGGUCGUGAUAAACAUAUCAAUAAUUUGAAAAAGAAAUGCCAGAAGGAAUCAGAGCAGAACCGGGAGAAGCAGCAGCGUAUUGAGACCUUGGAGCGCUACCUGGCUGACCUGCCCACACUGGAAGACCAUCAGAAGCAGAGCCAGCAGCUUAAGGAUUCUGAGUUGAAGAGCACAGAGCUGCAGGAGAAAGUGACUGAGCUGGAGAGUUUGCUGGAGGAGACCCAGGCAAUCUGCAGAGAGAAGGAGAUUCAACUGGAAAGCCUGAGGCAGAGAGAAGCAGAAUUCUCCUCCGCUGGACAUAGCCUGCAAGAUAAACAGUCUGUGGAUGAGACCAGUGGAGAAGGUCCAGAAGUGGAAAUGGAGUCCUGGCAGAAGCGAUACGAUUCGCUCCAAAAGAUUGUGGAGAAGCAGCAGCAGAAGAUGGAUCAGUUGCGCUCACAAGUACAGAGCCUAGAGCAGGAAGUGGCUCAAGAAGAAGGAACAAGCCAGGCCCUGAGAGAGGAGGCCCAGCGAAGGGAUUCAGCCCUGCAGCAGCUGCGCACAGCCGUGAAGGAGCUUUCAGUGCAAAACCAGGACUUGAUUGAGAAGAAUCUGACACUCCAGGAACACCUGCGCCAGGCCCAACCAGGGUCUCCACCUUCACCAGACACGGCCCAGCUGGCACUUGAGCUGCACCAGGAGUUGGCCAGUUGCCUUCAAGAUCUGCAGGCUGUCUGUAGCAUUGUGACCCAGAGGGCCCAGGGCCAUGACCCCAAUCUCUCCCUGCUCCUGGGCAUUCACUCACAGCACCCAGAGACUCAGCUAGAUUUGCAGAAGCCAGAUGUGAUCAAGAGGAAACUAGAAGAGGUUCAACAGCUGCGUCGUGACAUUGAGGACUUAAGGACCACCAUGUCAGACAGAUAUGCCCAGGACAUGGGAGAAAACUGUGUCACACAAGAGAAGUCUCAGAGGGGAGGGGAGAGCCUGCAUCUGGGGGCCAAGGGCUGAUUAGGGGACUGUGUCCUACCCACACUGGCAUGUUGGAUUACGUUUGUCCUGUUAAUUCACUCUCGAUGGUGAGUUACUAAUUAACUUUUGGCAGGUACAACAGAUAAGUCCUCACAAACUGUUCCCAGCCCUAGGCUGACAUGAGAGAUGAACAGGCUGUCCACCUUUCUUCUCCAUCCAAUGGGAUGGAUCCAUGUUCAUUCCCACUUCACACCUUGGUCCUGCUGAUUAGAGAGCUCAUCAGAGGGGCCUGGAAAGGCUGAGCAAGUACCAGUGACAAUGGCCAUUUAAGAAUUCUCAGGCCCCAUGUGCCAGCCUUCUUGGGAACUGAGCUGGCUUUCUGGGUUUUCUCAUGCCUGGUCUUAUGCUUCUUCCUCAGGGCUCUUGUUCUCCCAGAAGCCUCAGGGUAAUGUGUUGGUUAGCACGUAACUACUAGGAUUGGGGCCCUAGGGAUUAUAGCCGGGACUCUAAUCUGCCUACCAUGCCAUUUAACAAGAGAUCCCACUCUCCAGCUGCCUUGUGUCCCUAGGGUCCUGGCCAUGUGUUUAGUGUGCUAAACUUUCUCCUUUGUUCUCAGGCCUUCCAGGUAGUCCCCUUCCUGGACUUAAGAGUGCAAACUCUUCUCUGUGGUUCUAGCCUUGGGCAGAAUUAUAUCCCAGAGACCACAGAGCAACUGUCAAGCUGCUUACCCCCUCACCCAGGGCUACAGCCUGUGCCCAGCCCUCUAAUUUGUGCCUCUCUUGUGUUGGGGGUGGUGGGGGUUAUUCCUUUCCCUUUCCUGCUCUGGCCUCCUUGAAAGUUCAGAGUACCCAGUACAAGUCAGCUUUAAAGUACAGCUUUUAGUGUUUCCUGGGUUGUUUCUCUGGGGCUUUAGUGAGGGACCUUUGCCCUCUGGUUUUUCUUGCCUCCUGGGUUGUUUCUCUGGGGCUUUAGUGAGGGACCUUUGCCCUCUGGUUUUUCUUGCCUCCUGGUUUAGGGAGCAUCUCACACUUGUUAGUAUCUGGUUGUUGGGCCAGCCGUGCCUCCUCUAGAUCUGGAGCCAGGCCAGGCAGGGGCCAUGUGUGGGCCAGUCAGCCACUACAAGAUUUUUGCUAAGCUUUGGGCUGUUGGCAGCAUCUUGGACCUCAUGCCUGGGCCUGAAUGAGGCUCUUUCUUAAGUGUUUUUACAAGUUUGUGUUUUAUUUAUGGAGUGACUUAUCCCUUCCAUUCAGAGCAGCCCCACCCAGCCAGCCCUUCAGCCUCUGGGCUCCUGCUGCUUAAAGGCAGAGCCGCCUGGUUGGUCUCCACCCUGUGCAUUGGGAGCCCAGCCACCAUGCUGACGGGUAUUUUUCCUCAUAAAGUUUAUAACCAGUUAUUUAUAUGAAUCUUUGUUAUGUCCAUUUGUUUGUAUUGCGUAUUUUGAUUAUAAAAUAAAGUAUCUUAACAGAC